AAUACUGAAUCCGAACACUGAAUAAGUCAUUAAUAUUUAGACAUCAACAUGAGAUCAUUGGUCGUGGUGUGUUUCUGCUGUGUAGCGGUGACUGUUGCUCGUAACAUCGAAGAACUUUUCUCCGAUUUUGGUAUCCUUGGAGGAGUCCAAUUGAAUAAUGAUUGUGGGCCAAACGAAGUGUUUGACUGCGUUUAUCCAUGUCCUCCACUCAAGACUUGUGCAGACCGUGAAGAAUAUGCUUGUCCUGAUGUAGAAAUGUCCUGUGCAUUCCAAUGUGUCUGCAAACCGGGAUUCUAUUUGAACAAACCGGGCGGCGAGUGUGUCACAGAAAAACAGUGCAACAAAUGUCGUGGUGAGCACGAACACUAUGCUUGCGGAGGGCCAUGCGACGAUGUUUGCAGCACACUACAUGUUCAGAACAAGACUACUUGUGCCUUCACUGAAUGCCAACCUUCUUGCUACUGUGAUGACGGAUACGCAAGAAAUGACUCUGGAAUCUGCAUACCUAUUGAAGAAUGUUGAAUCAGAUUAACGUUUGAAAUCAAUAGUUUUACUUACGUUUCUUUCCAAAUUUUAUGGCGGCUCGCAACUAACUUAAAAUAGUAAAAUUUAGAACUUAAAAAAUCUGCCUAAUUAUUCGCGCGAUGUUCCGUGAUGUCAUAUCCAUGGUUUAGCGAAUACCACCUACCUACAUGUUAUUAUCUGAAAAUAGUACCUCACCAUAAACCAGUAAAUAACCACCAAAUAAAAUAACAUUGAAUAGGUACUAUUUCUUUAAAUAACACCUAACAUGCCAAUGAAUAACACAAUAACCAUUCCAAGAAGAAAGACUAAGAACUUUCUUCACAAGAAAGAAAGACCUUACUGUUUAAGAUACUUUGAGGUGUAGAAAGAAGCUCAUGCUGUAAUUAACUUUAUAGUUUAAAAUAUGAGAGUGGAAUGUACAGUAGACUGCAUAUCAGUGGUAACUGUCAUGCACCUUAACUCAAUGGUAAUAAGUACGAUUUUCCUAUAAAACUGUUACCACUGACCUGAAGUUGACUGUACUAGGUAUGCAUGUAUUCGACAAGAUAAUUAGGUAGGUAACUGACUAUACCCACUUAAGUCUUUUGGAUUUAAAAGUCUCCUAUUCAUAGAAGGAAAUCAAGUAGUAUGGAAUAAAGAUGAUUACUCAGUAGGUUA